UCUGGCCGGGCAGAGGCAGCAGGGCAGCACGGAGCCAUUCAUUCUUCUUCUUCUGUGGUCUGAGAGAAACGUGGAGGAUGAAGAGGACACACUAAGAGGAAAAAGGAACCAAAAGGACAAACUUUAACAGCACGAAGACAGAGAGAGAUACUCCAACUUUUAAGGAUAUCAGAGACGACGCUUCAAAUCUGCACCACCAGCAGCUUUACACGUUGAAGGAAGACUCUGGCAUUGUUUGGAUUUCACUGAAGAUUAAUCUCUGUGGUGAAGGAUUCCACACAGGAGGUGUGUCUGAUGUGACGCCAGCGGGCUGGCUCAGGGAACUCAACUUCAAUACAAUGUAGACACCAAAAACCAGACUGGAAUAGCUUCUGAGAGCAAAGCCGACUGAAGGAGGGUGAGUGCGAGGAGGAGGAACGACAGCUGUGCAGAAACAACAGAAGAUAAGGAGUGAAAGAAGGAGAAGAGGGAAGCAGCAGGCUGUGAAUCAUUGACCUGAACCUUGUGUUUACAGCGCCGUCACCUACUCUUUCCCGUCAAGUCUUCAUUUACCCUCACAGCUCAGCUGCAGAAGGAUCACAACCCUCGGCUGCUUGGUCUUCUGACCCACCUUUUCACCUCUCAGCGCUGUGAGACUCCAGCCGCCGUCAGCAUGUGCCAUGUGAUCGUCACCUGCCGCUCCAUGCUGUGGACUCUGUUGAGUAUCGUGGCCGCGUUCGGAGAGCUCAUCGCCUUCAUGAGCACUGAUUGGCUGGUGGGAUUCCCCCGCACACCUGAUGCAGUCUUCGGCCACCAUGGGGCCACCACAGCUGGGGAGGCCUACAGGCCCACUUUAGGUAUAUACGGCCGCUGUAUAAAACUGCCUCACAUGCAGCGUGGAAUACUGUGUGGACCAUACGCCAUUCACUUUGGGGAGAUUGCCAGCGGGUUCUGGCAGGCGACGUCUAUCUUCCUAGCAGCAGGGAUCCUGCUGCUGUGUGCCGUGGCAUUUAUCUCCGUCUUCACUAUGUGCUUCCAGAGCAUCAUGAAGAAGAGCAUCUUCAACGUGUGUGGACUGCUGCAAGGGAUCGCAGGUCUGUUUCUGAUCCUGGGUCUAAUGCUGUACCCUGCCGGCUGGGGUUCAGACAAGGUCCAGCUCUACUGCGGUCAUGACGCCGCUCCGUACCGGGCUGGGCUCUGCUCCAUGGGCUGGGCCUUCUACACAGCCAUGGGCUGCACCGUGCUCACCUUCGUGUGCGCCGUCUUCUCCGCUCAGGCCGAGAUUGCCACGUCCAGCGACAAGGUUCAGGAGGAGAUCGAGGAGGGGAAGAGCCUCAUCUGCCUCCUCUGAAACUCUGAAAACGGCAAUUAACGCCGGACAAACGGAGGCGGCUGCAUUGUUUACCACUAAAACUGACUCUUCUUUGUGUCCCUUUUUGUGUUUGUGUGGGAGAAAUCUACAAGUGCCAAGUGUUUUCUCUGUCUUUGUCUUUCUGCCACUAGAGGUGCUGUGUCUGUCUAUGUCAGCCAUGUGGAUGCCCCCACAGGCUCCACAGGCUCUGUAAAUACGUGUGAUUAUAUAUAUUUGUACAUAUCUUUAAAUGAUUGGUCAGCUUGAUCCAGGCUGGUGCUGGUGAUGUCAGUCUUGCCUUAAAAAUAAAGCCAGCAAAUCUGGAUCUUUAAGCCACAAUUGAGUGUGAAGUAACUCAACAAGGGAACCACUACUCAGCCAGAAUAAACUACUCACAGAAUCAGAGUGGAUGUCCUUAAAAAGCUUACAGAAUGUACUGUUAUUUGAAUGAUUUAUGUGUCCGUAGACCCUUGAAAUGUAUCGAUGGGGAUUGUUUUUCACGCAGACUGCACAGGGACGAGCAAAAAGAAGUGCCGAAUCCUGAAAUGAAGUGAGCUGAAGCUGAAAGCUGACCCGUGGAGGGUCUGCGUCUGGUCCUCGUUCAGCAGACAGCCUGUAAUCUCUGCACAAAGACUUUGGACUGAAUAAUGAGGACACCAAUGAAGUAUUGCUGUUGUUAGUAACGUCUGGUUUCAGGGAGUGUGUAGAGUCAUAGAUAGUGUCCUAUCUGUUCCCAUUUGUUUCUGCCAAAUGAAUAAAGAAAAAGGGAAAAAAGGA